AUGCUCUCGCAGUGCACGUUUGUGAUGUCGCGAUGGACAUCGCGCCUACCCCCGUUUGCGCGGCGCGCCGUGCAGGUGGAUCAGAUGGAGAUAGACUCGGCUCUGUCUCAGAUGUACUCCUUGUGCCUCAACCCCUCACUGGUGAGUAAAAUGAGCCGGGCCCGAAAGAUGACGAAGGGCCACUACUACCGUGAUGAUCCUGCUUUUCUCAUGCUGCAACUCGUGUUUGUCGUCGUCGUGUCGGUUGCGCAGUGGCUGCUGCUGGGUAUGAGGAGGUCGCUUUUGGGCACCGUGUGUGCUGCCAUCACAUGGUAUGUGCUGGGCGGAUUAGGCAUGGCUUGUGUAUGGCGUGCGGUUGGGGUGAUCUACCUCUCUCCAUCUUCGAAAUCGACGCAGAGCGGCGUUUUGGCUGAGGCCGCCUCAGCCCUCGGCGUCGAUUCUUCCGUGGAUUACCUGCACCCCGACCUGGACUGGCGCUACGCCUUUGACGUGCACUGCAACGGCUACUUCACAUUCUUCAUGUGGACAGAGGUGAUCGCGUACUUUCUGACACCCGUCAUGAGCGUGUCAUGGGUGAGCAACGCGCUUGUCGCCAUUGGAGCCACCACAUACCUGUACAGUGUUUUCCUGGGCUACCUGGAGAUCUCGUCAUUGUCAUACCAGCAACGUCUACUUUAUCCUGUGCUGAUUAUAGGCGUUCUAUUCCUCCUCCUUAGCCUCUCCGAUGUUAAUGUCGGACUGACACUGUGGCUGCUGCAAUGCGCAGAGUAA